AUUGGAGCUUUACCACCCCACAAACACACCCAAUUCCGACUAUCUGAAGAAAACCAUCCGAGACCCAACAGAAGCUACCGCAACUGAGGUGAAACCGUGACAGCGAGGUCUGUCCUUCUGACAGGCUUAGAGUAGCAUUCUGCGGCGGACCCACCAAUCAACCGACCAAAAACCAAUCGAACGCUUAACAGCACCCAAUAGUAGCUAGUGUAUACAGCAUAUAGAAGUCCACCCGAAGACAAACAGAGGCAGCAAUCGAGUUCAAGGCUUACCUGGCCGCACUUUUGCAGUGUGAGGUACCUCUACCUGACGAGCAUACAGGCAGGCAACAGUUAGUGGUGCGUGAAUGCAGUGCCAGCCAGUGCAAGGGCUGCUGAAGAAUCACUAAAACAGCAACAACUAGAAGCAAGUGCCCGUGUUGAUUGAUAUGCAUCGCCAUUACUAGUGCUACGCGUAAUUAAAUCUAGAUCUGUUGAUUUAUUUUUUCGCGAAACGCCCCGCAGUAUUUGAGUGUGCGUAUGUGUGAGCAUGUGUUGUGUAUCUUAAGCAAACAGCAUGAUAGCUCAAGUUACGUAAAAAUCAGCGAGAAGAAACAAGUUGCAAGCGGCUAAUUUCCGUUAGAUAAUUUUCCGUUCCAAAAGUGGUCGAGGAAACUGGGCAGAAUGUGAGAGUUUGUAGUCAUGGUCGAAUCGUACUGCACCUUUGCUUGCAACAUUUUAUACCAGUGAGGCACCGUGUCGAAUCAGUGUGUGUAAUUUUAUUAGUGCAUGUAGGCAAGAACCAUGCAAAUCCGCUGGCAGAUAACCAGUUAGCUAGCAUCACAGCAAUCCAAUCGGGAGGUAAUUUCCGUUUCGAAAUCGGAAACUUGUGAAAAGUUGAAACAUAACAUGGCUUCCAGUGACGAAGUAACGUCGAAUGGAACAACAAACCGGGAACAACCGGACGUCAGUGAAGGUGGCAAGGAUGAGGUUGAUUUUGCCCUCAAAGUCGCAGUUUCACCGGUGGACACGGCAGCAGCAUGUGUGGCCUGUAGCAAGAACCAAAAAACAAGUGGCGCAUUGAUGAAUAACAAUUGCUCACAUGGGAAAACACUGGAUAAGUUUAACAUUUUCCACCUCAGAAGGCGACCGAAAAGUGAUCCCGGAACGGGAACCAUUGCUAAACAUGCCCAACAGCAUGCGGUCGCCGUCGCGGCUGCAGCUGCCGCUGACUGCACCAAAAAGCGAAGACACAGUUUCGUGAAGAGUGCAUCGAUCGCACGGAUCUUCGGAAAUAACUACAAUACCAAAAAGGGCGAACAGGACAGUGGCGCUUUGCUGAAACUGCAGCAGUUCAAGCGGAGUUUCCUCAGCAGUGAACGAUUCCACCAGAAAAAGGAUUCGAUGGUCACGGCAGCGGAAAGUGAUUCGAACGAUCUGCAGCCGAAAAUCGGCGACGGUUGUUAUGUGAACGAUAGUGAGAGUGGGCCCAAGGCUAUCCGAUCGAUCACCCGAGGCUUGGGGCGGCUGCUGAGGAGGAACUCGCACAGCAUCGACAUUAGCCGGCCGGACCCUGAGUUCAAGGUGUCCUACCUGGGGAACGUGCUAACCGGAUGGGCGAAAGGCGAAGGCUGCGUGGAGAAACCGUUGGCCACGCUGUGGCGAAACUACACCCAAAACAGUAAACCGGACGUAAUGAUGAAGCUGUGUCUGUGUCCUUCGGGGCUGAAAGCUACCACCAGGCAGCACGGUCUCACCGAGUACUGGUCCCACCGGAUAACCUACUGCUGUGCGCCAAAGAACUACCCACGAGUCUUCUGCUGGAUCUAUCGGCACGAGGGUCGAAAGCUGAAGCACGAGUUCCGCUGCCAUGCGGUCAUCUGUUCCAAAGAGUCGGUCGCGCAGGAGAUUAGCACCGUGCUGAAGGAAAACCUAACCAAAGCCCUGCAGGAGUUCAAACGGGACAAACUGAAUCGGCAGAAUGCACGGCUCAGUUUGGCUAACAGUGUGUACGACAAUCCGAGUAUGCCUCGGCGCAAGAUCAUGCUGAGUGUCGGUGCCAACAACUAUCGGCCCCCACUGGAGCGGUCCAAAUCGGCUCCGAAAUUAAUGGCAAUCGAGGAAAUGAUCGGUGAAGAAGAUGAGGACGACAUGCCACUUGGGGGUACUUCGAGCAAAGCUUCCAAAGGUCCUGGAGCUGUGGGUGAAGAAUUCAGAGCGUGCUGUAAAGAGGAUGCACUGUUUCCAUCUACGACUCUGGGUAGGCGAAGGUGCCGUCGGGGACACUCGAUCCGGAGGAGCCGGUUGAGAAAUUCGUUCAAGUCGCCCAAAGCCGUCGAAGCCAAAGUACCGUUGAAUAAUGAAAAUAUAGUACAGGAUAGCCCAAUGAACAAGUCGAUGGAUUCGAUAUUGGAUACAAUUAAACAGGAGGAAGACGAGGAACAAGUGACUGAAGCUGGGGAAGCAACUACGGAUAGUCAAGGUACAAGAAGUAAGAUACGUGAUUCGAAUUCUUCAGAGGAAGAUUUCGAGACACUGCUACGUAACUACAAUUAUAAUUCCAAAGAACCUUUGUCGUCGGAGCUUAUAUCUUAUUUUGAUAUGAAACUAAGCCCAAAGGUAGCCUCCAGCAUGCAUGACCUGAGUUGUCUUCAGCUGAAAGAAGAAGCUGAAACGGGAAGAAGAUUAGAUGAUGCUAGACUAGCCCUAAGUUUGGACGACCUUGACACUUACCACCAGGAGGAUCCUGAACAUGAAGAAUCGGAAGACGAUGUGUUCUUCAAUCAGAACGAAGUACUCGAAAUGCUUCGUAGUGCAGCCGAAUCGGCAAAUAGUUUUAUCGCCGGCGAGAAAGCUGAUUUGAUGAGUUUGCUCCAGGAAACCCCCAGUGGUGGUGACGAUACUGCUCCUCCAUCGUUACUCUGCGUAACAAACAAGAUCACCGGUAACUCGGACAGUGAUGAAGGUUCCAUUUCUAGUGGCUGUGAAACUUCCAGUACCGUGACUACCAACACCGACGAGUCCGCAGCGACCAUCCUCAUAAAACCUUGUUCCGUUCUCGAAAGGGUUCGAAGCUUCGAGCAACUCGCCGAGCAUCAAGUGAUCCAUGAACCGAUUGGCGAGAAAACUCCUCUAAGCAGACAUCGUCUCGAUAAUAACGUAUUUAAACGUAGCAUUACCUUCCCAGCUCCUGGUGUGAAAACGAGUUUUCUUCUCCCCGUCACCUCCAUGAUUGUCCAUGAAGAGGAACCUUUGGACUCGUACACCGAGACAGUCGGUAGGACAAAACCGUCCUCAACUUGCAACGGAAGUAUCCCACCACGCCGACUAAAAUCGACGGUUGCUGCCGUUAAUACAGAACUGAUAAAUCACCUACAGGCGAUCGAUUCCGAUUCGGACCUCAGUGAUGAAUCCGGUUACGUGGAAUUCCAAGACCAUCAACCACCGACCAAGUCAGUAAAAGCCUAGGUCUGAAUAUCCUGUACUGAGCCCAUAAGCAAAGAUCUAGUGAUUUAGCUUUAUUUCUGUGUUGUUUGAUGUAAAUGAGUAGAGGUAGAAAUCAUAACAAAAAUUAAACGUUUAUUCUGCAAAUUAUUUUUAGUAGUUCCGCCUUACACGGUAGGGUACAGGGUUCUACCACAGGUUAAUACGGAAAUCAUGUGUCUUUACUAAAACUGUUAUUUGUAUAAACUGUUUCCCUUCCAGAGCACAGAGACAGGAAAGAAAACCUUAUACCAAAUAAUUUAUUGUACUAACAAUAUUGGUUAGUGUUUACGGAAUACUUUCCUUAGAAAGAAGACCAGUAGUUAAUUGUUAAUGGGGCUUAUUAGUACAUGUUGUAGGAGCCAAGUGAUUAGCCUUCACAUCUCACAAACGGGGUCAAACAAAGAUAGGGAGAUUCAAGUUUCUUGAGUAAUCGUAGGACAUAGUUAAUAUAGUGGAAAAGAUACAUCCUUCACUGAAACAAAACAUUCGCAAUUUGUACAAGUUGUUUUAUGUACGUACAUAGAAGCUAAUCCAGGCGCUAGUACCAAAACGAUCGUCAUGCAGCAUGAUUGUUUAUGUUUUGGAAAUAUCUACCUUUUGGGACCGUCGGAGAAAACCGAAUUAUGAAUCUUUAUAACAUGUAUUGAACGGAAGGACUUAAAUUUGCAGAACUGUGAAAUUAUACUAAAUGAAAAGAUUACAAAUUACACAAAUAUGGAUGACUAUAUUUAUUAAUAGUUGAUAUUAUUAAAUGUCUAAAUCAAGGAAAACUGGAAAAUAAACUAUAGGAAAAAGCAA